AAGUUUCUUAACUAACAACGUGAGGGAAACAGACUCUCAACAAGCCAAGGAUGGAAAGUUGAAGGUCCGGAUUGAGAUCAAGUCAACUUAGGAUGCCAAGGCUGACUAAACCGGACCCACUUCGAAUUCCGUGAUGGAGAUCACCUUCAAUCAACGACUUCUCAAUCUCUCCAGUGUUCGCGGGAUAGACGAUCUCAAACCUCUCUCUACCCCCUUCCUACAAAGUGUGCGUAGUCGCCUGCCGCAAUUCGCAGAAUCUACCUCUCCGCGAGUUCCCGCAUAACCACAGCAACAUCAACCACAACCACCCAACAUGACGCUCAUAUCCACGUCCCUCAACAGCCUGGGCCUCGUGCUCCUAACUCACGCCGUCUACUCCGCUCAUGAGCACUCUCUUCUUCCCACGACCGCAACCCUCCCUCUCGACAUCACCAUCGAGCUCCUGACCGCAGUCCUACUCUUAUGUAUUGGAAUCGUGCUCGCGUCGCCGGAUCUCAAACCGAUAAAUUGGAGCGUAUGGGGUGGGAAGCUGUCGCGAGAGGAGCACAAGGCCGCCGUGAAGGCGGGGGAUGUGACUGAGCGGGAUCCGUAUGUGCAGUUGGAUAUCAGGAGGGGGUUUCUGGAUAUCAGGGGCAAGAGGCAGGAAUUCGCGGAUUGGGAUAUCAUGACUGGGCUACCGUCGUAUAGAACUGGUUAUUGA